CGAAGGCCAACCCAAAGCCCUGAAAUCUGGAAGUGACGAUGAACACGAAUGGCAACAACAAAGAUGAUGGGAAAGGAAUAGCUGGAGGAGGAGAUGAGGCUUGUUGGAUGGGCAACAAGGUGAAGGAAUUCUUGAAGAAGGAAGUUCCGGAGUGGGACGACGAAGCGAACGUUAGAGCAAGGUUCAAGGCAUUCAGCGGCCAGAGGUGUGAUUGGGAGCCCCUCUACCUUUUCUGGCGGGACUUGAUUCUCAAGGUUGCUCGACACCUCCGCGUCUUCAUCAUUCGUCCUUCUCAGCUUAAGAUGAUCUGGUUCAGCAGAGCAGACGGCUUGUCCCCUUUGUGCCUUGAUCGAGUGCUGCUCCAAAUGUAUAGCUCCGGUGAACUCUUGUGGAAUGCCCGACUCAUGGACCCGACUAGUGGGCAAAUCUCUCGAACUUUUUAUAGAUUAGCCGAUAUGAUACGUUUUUCUAGACCAUCAGUUCAAGAAACCCUUGUUGAAGAUUAUUACAUACUAUCAACGUUGUUAGAGGAAAAAGCUCAUGAAGUUAUCCAAGUUUUGUGUGAAAAACACUGGACAUCUUCAUGCAUUAUUACAAUGAGGAAUUUCCAGGAAAUUUGUGGGGGAAUGAAGGAAGCAUAUGCCAUACUGGGUCACUUGUCAGGGGCUGGGAAAGCAAAGUACCUUGCCAUCACCAACAAGAGAGAUCAAGUAGAGGGAGUGAAAGUUUUUCUUUCUGGAAAAUCUUCAAUAGGGACGACAGGUUUAGAUUACAAUUUGCUGCAUUUAAAUUGGACAGCAGAUAAGCUUGAUCAGCAGCGGGAAGUGAUCGAUCAGCGCUAUAGUAGGUUUAAGAAUUCCGCUUUAGCUUCUUUAAAGUCUGGCAACAAAAGAGCUGCUUUAAGGCAUGCAAGGGAAAUGAAACUGGCAUCUCAAAGUAGAGAAAAAUGUACACUGCUUCUGAACCGAGUUGAGGAAGUGUUGAGAAUUAUUGCUGAUGCAGAAUCCUCAAAACAGGUUUCUGAAGCAAUCCGAGUUGGUACGCAAGCUAUUAAAGAAUAUAGGAUUAGUGUUGAAGAUGUUGAGCUCAGUUUAGAGGAACUUGACAAAUAUAUUGAAUCACAAAACCAAGUCAAUGAAGUUCUAGCAUGUGCAGAAACCGAGGACGAAGGUAUUGAAGAUGAGCUAAAAAAUCUGGAAGUUGAAAUUGCAGAAACAGUCCAGACACCGAUUGCAGUAGCUGAAUCUCAGGGAACCUCUAAUACAUUGAGUAAUUUGAGUGAUGCUCUAUUAAAACUUCAUCUUACAGACAAUGUAGCUGAGAAACUGGUGGUACAAUCUUCAAUGGUGGUACAAUCUUUAAUGGAGAAAUCAAAAGAUGCCAAUCUUGAAGCUGCUUAACAUCAAUUUGGCAGCUCCCACAAAAAAAUCAACCCCAUUGUUUUGUUUUACAUUGAUGAGUAAAUUAGUGCACUUUAGCAGUUAUAUGUAGGAGCCAAUUUUCAGAAAGAGUUAGUAUCGUAGCAUUAUUAUAUACGGAGUAAUACAAGUGUGUUUAAAUCCAUGUUGCAAUAUGCAUAGUUUGCAGCUUGUGAAAUAUCAGCUAACUAUGCAGCUUGUGAAAUAUCAGAUAUUCUGUAAAUGCUUAUUUUAAACACCCCUAUUCCAUUAGUAUUUAGUAGACGUGUUUAAGA